AUCCAUAAACGCGUGUGUAUCUUAUUGGUAGCCGACGCCGUUUUUCUUGGUCUUCAGCCUGGCCGCAGGAUAUAGAUACAUCUAUAUAUACAUACAAGAGUUUCAAACUCGCAUCACUAAUUCCGCAGGCACACUCGCAGGCAGGAAUGCUCCGUAUCAUUUGUGCUCAUGUUCCUUCCGUUUAUCUGGAAGUGUCUGAUUCUCUGAAUUUAAGGAAUUUAAAAAAGUACGAAUGCAUUGUUUUAAAUGUUUUUUUAAGUGCCUUUAAGUUUACUAAUAAGGUUUGUUUGCCGCCAUUUCUCACUAAAUUUCUAGAAUGCAACAGCCAAUUGGGGAGUACACUAAAGAGUAGACUACUUGAUGCUUGAUGGUGAACUUCUUCACUAUUAUUGGGGAUUUCAAAGCUAUUGAUUCAACUUUAAAGAAUUGAUUUAUAAGAUUUGUAUUUUUAAACACGUAUCUACAGCAAUUUUUUGCAUAAAAUUGGAAAUUUGGAUCAGAUCAUAUUUUCUCCUUUCGAAUACGCAAUAGCAAAAGUUCUCCAAUGGGGGCGUAUCAGUGUUGUUGUUUUCAGCUGCUGGAGAUUUCGCGCGCUUACUUCUGUCACCAGUCCCAUUCAGCCAAUUUAGAUUUUCAAUCCAAGAUCAAAGACAACAUUAGAAAUUUUCUCCAAUCAAACGGAAAAAUGUCCACCGAAAAGGUUCUUCACCGAGACACAUGUGAGUACAAAAACCUCAGCGAGAAAUUCACAAUCUCGAGCACGGACUACAGUCGACAAUUUGCGCCGAUGUACAUGGUGCGUUUGAAAACCUUGCGACAACCUUUGAAAGAGCUAGCCAAGAAGAAAUGGGGCUCCGAUAUCCCUAUUAUUGAGCUCUACCAACUUCAGGAGGGAGAGAUUGAAGAGGCCAGAAAAUGUGUUAUUAUUGGAACACUCUACAAGCAGCAAACUCUGAAGCCUAAUAUACUGAAAGAAAUCAGUGAAGAGUACCAACUAGAACUGCAGCCAACGCUGACUUAUUUUGCUGAUGAGUCUGACAGCCUUGUUUUAGAAGAUGAAUUGCAGAGGAUUACACUCAGCGGGGUAAUUGAUGCCCACAAAAUGGUCACAGGAAUUGUCUUAGCUGCUCUCGGAAUGGAUGACAAACAAGGCACCUUCACUGUUGAAGAUUAUUGCUUUCAUGUUCCCAAAGAACGUAUCUACAAACCAAUUGACAGCCCUGAUAAGUACGUGCUGCUUGUGAGCGGCUUGAGCAUUGGAAAUUCCACAUCUGGCAGCAACUCGAUGUGUGCCGAAAUCAUGCUUGAGUUGCUACGUGGCCAAGCUGGCAGUCCCGAGGACCAGGAGAGGAUGUCCCAUGUUGUGCGGGCGAUUUUCGCUGGAAACAGCAUGCAAGACAACUCGCAAGCAAACAUGCAGUCAAGAAAGCUGAGAAAUGUGCAAGUAGAGACGCAGGACAGCCUCAUCAGUAGCACUCAACGCCUAGACGAUUACUUCGCAGAGCUUGUGACCAGCAUUGACGUCGACAUCAUGCCUGGGGAGUUUGACCCAUGCAGCCACAUGCUUCCCCAGCAGCCUUUCCACCCGUGCCUGUUUCCUAAGGCUUCUUUGUACAACACAAUGCACCUGGUGACCAACCCAUACAAGUGCGAAAUUGGUAAUCGUUUGAUUUUGGGCACCUCAGGCCAGCCCAUCACGGACAUGCACUCCCUCUGCUCUGUCGCCUGCCGACUCGAACUGCUGGAGAAUUGCGUUCGUUGGGGACACGUAGCUCCCACUGCGCCGGACACGCUGCAUUCCUACCCGUGUUUUGAGAAUGAUCCUUUCAUCCUGGAGCACUGCCCAGACAUUUUCUUCGCAGGCAACCAGCCAGAAUUGAAAACAAAAGUGAUCACAACUGAUGGCGGCCAGAAAGUGCGUUUGGUUUGUCUCCCAUCAUUUGCUGAAACUCAGACAGCAGUACUAGUGAAUCUCAACACGCUUGACUGCCAUCCUCUGAGCUUUUCGAUCAACUUGCCAAGCUCUGUCGUUGAAAGAUGAUAGAUAGCCACUUUAUUUGUUAUUUACAAUUGGAAGAGUAGCUGAUUGAACUUAAUAAAAUUUGAAUUAUCUAUAUAGGA